UUCUUUCGUUCUGACCCGGCCCGGUAGUCAGGUCGCUGAAAUGGCAUCCUCGUCGAACGUUAGCGGUAAUUUAGUGGAUGAGCUCGAGGAAGCGUUUCAGUCAUGCAUACAUGCCCUGACGAAGGAGGAAUCGGCUACCGGAAUCGAUAAGGACGAAAUUAAGGUGGAGGUUGAUCAAACGACACUAAAGUUCAUCGAUCUGGCACGGCAGAUGGAAGCGUUUUUCCUCCAGAAACGUUUUCUGCUGUCCGCACUCAAGCCGGAUCUGCUGCUGAAGGAGGAAAACUUUGAUCUGAAGCAAGAAAUAGGCCGCAAAGAUGAACUCAUACGUAAGCACUAUGAAAAGAUUGAGUCGUGGAAACAGUUGCUGUCGGAUCAACAGAACUUCAACAAACCGAUUCAAUCGAUGCCUCCGGAUAUGCGUGGCAAUCUUGCGGGUGGAGCACCGGGCGCUCCGGCCGGACUAAUGGCUAGCGGUGGCAUGAAUCUGCCAAUGCAGGUGAGCAAAACAAUGCAAAAUCAGCACCAGCAGCAAAUGCAACAAAUGCAAGUACAGCAACAACAGAUGCAGCAGCAAAUGCAACAGUCCAUGCCGAUGGGCGCAGCAAAUGCUCAGCUCUUUCAGCAAGGUGGCAUGCCUCGCGGUGUGGGACAGUCGGGUUCGGGCGCAGGAUUUCCGCAGGGUGCCGGCCCAAACCUGCAAGGACCGUUAGCAUAUUUAGAGAAAACAGCCAGCAAUAUAGAUCUAGUGGGCCUUGGAGAUGGUCGAAGGUGACGCGGGCGGGGCAGGGGACGCGGUAGAGGUCGAGGUCGAGGCAGAGGCCGUGGACGAGGCAGUGUGGCCGAAUUCCACAGCGGCCCAUUAACCUGAGGCUGGCAUUGGGCGGUGGCAUCUCGGACGGCGUUGCUCCCGUUCGGAUCCAUCCAUCCGAGCACCAGCACGUGCGUUUCUUCGUCUACCGUUGUUGUUUGGUUAGGGCCCUCGGCACAGAUCAACCAUUGGCGAUAACACUGUUAGGAAAGAAGUUUCGGCAAAAAGAAAGGCACAAAGUACAGCAAAUAGCAGCGAAAAAUGGUUCCCCUAAAAAAAGAAAACAAAACAAACAAAAAAAUACCCAAGCCUUAGUCUGCGACUCGGCGACAAAACCAAAAUCAGCUAACCGGUUUUCAGCAGGUACCGUUUCAUUGGUUAGUUAAAAACCACGUGGACCACCAACCCUCAAAAAUUACCAAGCACGUUUUGGCACACACACAGCUAGAAAUUUCUCUUUGACCACUUGACGCCAAAAUCGUCCCUAUUUGUUAUCUCCAUCGCUCCCCAGUCCCUUUUUGAGAGUGUAAUUAUGGUGUACAAACAAAAACUAUACACACACACACAUACCAAAUACACCGUGCGUCGUCCCCCGGUGCUGUUUAGGCGCCACUGAGGACAGCACAUUAUUUUCUUCUCCUUUUUUAAAUAUAAAUCAUGUAUAGAAAAAUUGUCUACUAUCAACGCUACAAAUGCAAACGAUGCCUUGGCAUUGGCGAUCGUGUGUAAAAUGUGUGCUCGCUUUCUCAUUAAAACUCUCCCUUUUUUCCCACCCUACCCCUUAAACCCCGUCGGACACCGGACGGGUUUCACUUUGUCGGGUUAGUGUUUGAAGACCACGAGAUAUUCCGUGUUUAGCUUCAGUAACAUUUUUCCAAUUAUUCCAACGUAGUAAUUCCCGUUGUGAUUCACCAGAGUUCGAAGUCUUUAGGACGAACCUGCUCCAGAGAUGCGGUCAAAUUGCGCUGCGAAUGGAAAUAGAACCACCGUUUCACUGCUUCCAAACCUAGGUACGAAGAACAUGGAACAAGCCAAUAAUAAUAAAGAAUCGGAAUUA